UUGGGGUAAAUAAACCAAAAAAUCCCUGAAAUUUGCCUUAAUUUUCCUCGGAAUUGAAUACCAAUUGGACGCGAAUCCAGUGCUAAAAAUAGUGAUAAUUACAAAGGCAUCCAAGAACGACACGAGGUGCAACGAUUUGCAGCUAAAAAUCGAAAAUCCCAGAAUUUUCGAAGUAAGUCGAAAAAAAGAAAAAAAAAAUCCAAAAUAUCGCAAAAAUCGCGAAAUCGGGUGCCAAAAACAACAAAUCCAAGGUGAAAUUACCUGUUAAGUGGUCAAAGAGUUGGAAGAAUUUGCAACCCACUCACUGCUUUAAUUGAUCCAGUGUGCGAAAUCAAAGCUGUGGGACAGGAAAUGCGUAGAUAAAAUAACAAAUAAUAAAGAAAAACGAUGUUCGGAAGAAGAGCUGCAAAGAAAAUCAAAUAAUAAACAAACGCAUACACAAAAGACGCAAAAGAUAGGAGAGUUAAUUAACACAUAAGACGGGCAUAAAUGUUUCAGCAUGACAAAUAAGGAAUACGAUUACCUGCUGAAGGUCCUCCUUGUGGGCGACAGCGACGUGGGCAAACAGGAAAUUCUCUCGAUUUUGGACGAUGGUUCGACAGAAAGUCAUCAUUUUUGUUCGGGAUCGGCAGCACACAAAACCACCACAAUUCUGCUCGAUGGAAAACGUGUCAAGUUACAGGUGUGGGACACGAGUGGCCAAGGACGUUUUUGCACGAUAAUCCGGAGUUACUCACGCGGCGCACAAGGUGUCAUUCUCGUCUACGACAUUACAAACAAAUGGAGCUUCGAUGGAAUCGAACGAUGGCUCAAAGAGGUAGAAGAUCAUGCACCCGGAGUCCCGAAAGUGCUAGUGGGCAAUCGGCUUCAUUUGGCAUUCAAGCGACAGGUUGCCGCAAAACAGGCGGAAAUGUACGCAUCCAAACACAAAAUGGCCUGUUUUGAAAUUUCGCCAUUGUGUGACUUCAAUAUACGCGAGAGCUUUUGCGAGUUGGCACGCAUGGCACUCCAUCGUAACGGCAUGGAACACAUUUUAAAAUCCAACAAAGUAUUACCGCUGCAAGAACUUUGUUGUCGGGCAAUUUGCAGACGAACGAGUGUCUAUGCGAUCGGACAGCUACCAUUACCACCAUCCGUUAAGGAAAAUCUCAAAUCUUACGCUCUCACAUCAUCACAGUGUAUAAAUAAUGUAAAUACAAACUCAAGCGCCAAAAAUCGUACAUGUAAGACACCGACACGAGACAGUAGUCGAAAUAGUUGUACAAUAACCUAACGAACAAUAAUAAUACAAAAUAAUUGACUUACAAAAGUAUAAAUUAUGUUACGAAAGGAAUUGAAACUGAAAGUGAAAUCAGAGAAGGAAUUGAUUUUAAAUUGAUUUUUUUAUUGUAUUAUAAGACGAUAUUAAGUGUAACACAAAACGUUUUGUAAAUAAAUGAUAAACAACAUUUGAGAUAAAAAAAAAUACUUAUUAAAAAUAUCCCACAAGCACACAAACAAUAAUGAACCAUCCCGAAGGACUAUCAUUUUAUCAACACAAAUACUCCUGCCUAUACAAAAAAAAAUAUAUAUCAAGUCCAGUCAGAAUAAUUAAGUUUCUUGUGUGAUCUCUCUAUCUAUCUACCUACCUAUCUAUCAAUGUAUUCAACCUAUUUAUUAAACAUACCCU